AUGCGAGGUGAAGCAGCCUUGGUGGUACUGGAGGCACUGUCAGAUUCUGUGGAGAGACUGAUCCAGCCGGAAAUAAUCUCUGCUUCUUGCUGUUUGGCUUCAAGCCAUUCGCCGAUAGUACCGGCCCAUUAUAUGAGAUUGGUAAAAUCGCAACCCACCGGAUUUCAUCAAGUGCUGUCCGUCCUGGAGCAGUUUAUUGGUGCUAAAGAUCCUUUCCAACUUCAGUUCUCAUCGCUCAUUGAACCAUCGUUCCGACUGUUGCAACGACUGGUUUCAAUAGACUGCGUAUAUUCGCAGGCUGUGCUCCGCUUUGUUCGUUCAAUUAACCUAAUCCAGCAGCUUGGUUGCAUCGCCAUUUUUGUCAACCACAUUAUCACAGGUAAGCUUCAUAGUAAUGUCAACGCCGCUGAUGGACCAGCUCUGCUGUCCGUAACUCGUAUGGUUUCUGGGUCAAUAUUGCACCUGGCUGCACUUGAGGUGUCUUCGCUACUGAAGUCUGGACAUUUUAACAUCCCACAUGAGAUGUACAGCACAUUAUUGGAGACUUCGGAUGCCGUGGUGAAUAGCGAUGAGUCGUCAGAAGGAGUAGAUAACUUGCUGUUCAGCUUAUUACGCCACGGCCACAUAGAGUUGACUGAAGAGAUUGAAUAUCCUCGACUUGUGCAUUUUAAUGCCCAUAAACUGCAAGCGUUGUUUGACACUUGUAAGACGACAACGGUCUUCAAUAUCGCCCAAUACGAUAUUGAGUAUCUUCACGAGCUGUUGACCCGUGAAAUUGUGAGCACUCAGGCUGAGGAUACGACUGCUGUUACAAGAGAGAUGGAAGCGGUAUUGACGUAUGGUACUGACGUGAACGAAUACAAUUACUACCACGAGCGGCCUCAAGAACAGCUUGUCCUCCGGUUUGUACUGCUUUGCUUGAAGCGUUAUGGCAUUGUUCGAUAUCCGCCAGUUCCGUGUCCUUUUCUAAAUUCGGUAAAAUCCCAGCUCGAAAUGCUGACGGAUGCGGCGUUCCUGCUGGUGGAAUAUGUAAGCGGAUGUGGGGCAGAGGAACAAGUAGCUGUCUGUACAACGUUGUUACGACUGUGCAGAUCGAUCUGUAGCUUAUCGAAACAGGAGUAUACCGAGGUAUUUAGGAACCUAGUACCUGAAUAA